CUCACAUCCACUCAGGUCUCUCAGUCCAAACAGCGGCGGCGAAUCAACAUACAUCCCUCCGCAUCCUUCCGACAGCAAGCCCACUUCCUCCCUCACCUGCGCUUCACACUCAACUUCUCAGUUCUCUUGUCAAUUUGGCAGCGGGUGGUCUCCCCCACCGCCCCCACCCCAGAACACAUUUUAUUUUAUUUUUCCUAGUUUGUGUGGAUGUCUGACGGAGGGAAGAUGGUUUGGAUGCGGCGGAGAACCACCGGACUGUCCGCAUGUCUCCUGUUGUUGCUGAUUCAUUAUUUAUCCCCGGCAGAUGCAGCCAGAACAUGCAGCACUCGGCAGUUCAGGUGUGGAAACGGGAAGUGUAUCACCAGCAAAUGGGUGUGUGAUGGGAUGGACGAUUGCGGAGAUGGAACUGAUGAGCUGCAAGCCACCUGUGAGGCCAAGACCUGUCUGCCCUCAGAGUUUCACUGUGGCAAUCCCAGGAACCAGUGUACACCUCAGGCUUGGCAAUGUGAUGGUAAAGCUGACUGUGACAAUGGUGCUGAUGAACAGAGCUGUGUUCCCAAGGAAUGCACGACGGAUGAGUUUCGCUGUGCCAAUGGCCAGUGCAUCUCCACCUCUUUCGUGUGUGACGAAGACAAUGACUGUACGGACAGUUCUGAUGAAGCCUCCUGCCCGACCGCCACCUGUAGCUCAGCUGCCUUCCAGUGCAAUAACACGGUGUGUGUGCCAGCUCUGUGGGCAUGUGAUGGAGACAGAGACUGUGUGGACGGAUCAGACGAGUGGCCCCAGAACUGUGCGGGGAGGCAGCCACACAAGACAGCAAAGCCCUGCGGGGUCCAUGAGUUUCACUGUGGCAGUGGGGAGUGCAUCCACGGCAGGUGGCACUGUGAUGGGAGUGUCGAUUGCCAGGACCGAUCGGACGAGGUCAACUGCAGCCAUGCCACCUGUCGCCAAGAUGAGUUCCAGUGCAAGGACGGCUCCUGUAUUCAUGGCAGCCGUCAGUGUGACAAAGAGUACGACUGCAGGGACCUCAGUGAUGAGGUUGACUGUCACAAAGUGAAUGCGUGUGAAGGCCCCACCAUGUUCAAGUGUCGCAGCGGGGAGUGCAUUAGCAUUGAGAGGGUGUGCAACCGUCGACAGGACUGCAAGGACUGGUCAGAUGAACCUGCCAGGCUGUGUGACAACAACGAGUGUUUGAUUGAAAAUGGAGGCUGCUCCCAUAUUUGUAACGAUCUGAAGAUUGGCAACAACUGCUCCUGCCACACCGGAUACGGCCUAAAGAUGGACAAGAAGACUUGUGAAGACAUCGAUGAAUGUGCCGACUUGGAUGUAUGUAGUCAGAUCUGUAUCAACCUACCUGGCAGCUACAAGUGUGAUUGUAAGAUGGGCUACGAGAUGGACCCCGUGACAAAGAGCUGCAAAGCUGAAUCAGGCACUGUCCCUUACCUGUUCUUCACCAACAAACAUGAGGUGAGGAAGAUGACGAUGGACCGCAGUGAUUACGUUUGCCUGAUCCCCAAGCUGAAGAAUGCGGUGGCGCUAGAUGUAGACAUGUCUGGCAAGAUGAUCUUCUGGUCUGACCUCUCCCUGAAAAAAAUCUACAGCUCCCAAGUGGACGUGGCUGGUAACUCCUCUAACCACAAUGUAGUAGUCGACAUCAACAUUGAGGCCCCUGAGGGCCUUGCAGUGGACUGGAUCCAUGGCAAUAUCUACUGGACUGACAGCAUGCUGAAGAUUAUUUCUGUGGCAACCACAGAUGGCUGGAAGAGGAAGACACUUAUCACGGAGGAUUUAGAGAAGCCAAGAGCCAUAGUAGUGGAUCCAGUAAAUAACUUCAUGUACUGGACUGACUGGGGCAAUGAGGCUAAGAUUGAGAAAAGUGGGUUGAAUGGUGCCGACCGUACUGCUUUGGUGACGGACAACAUUGUCUGGCCCAACGGCAUUACCUUAGACAUGAUCAGCCAGCGUCUCUACUGGGUGGACUCCAAGAUGCACACUCUGUCCAGCAUUGACGUGAAUGGAGGAAGGAGGCAUAAUCUAAUUUUGGAUGAGGAAAAGCUGUCCCAUCCCAUCUCCCUGACGGUCUUUGAGGAGAAAGUCUUCUGGACCGAUGUGAACAACAAUGUGAUUAUGAGCGCUAACCGUCUGACAGGAAAUGACGUCAAAGAGCUGGCAAAGGACCUGCACCAGCCAGACGACAUUGUUCUUUAUCACAACUCCAAGCAGCCCAUAGGUAAAAAUUGGUGCCAACAAAGCAACAAUAUGAAUGGAGGCUGUGAAUUUCUGUGUCUCCCUGCACCUGUGAUCAACCAGGGCUCUCCUAAAUAUACCUGUGCUUGUCCUGACAACAUGACCCUGGCAGCUGACAUGAGGAAAUGUGUUGCGGGCUCAGCUGCCAUUCCCCCUGUAACCAAAUUACCUUCUCCAGUCACUUCCAUGGCUCCCAUGGCACCUACACCCAAUGAGCCUGUCUCUACCACUUCCACAACUACAACCACCACCACAACCAGAGCUGCCAAGAGACUUACAUCUACAACAACUACCUCGUCUGACCCCCGCAUCCAGUCUCAGGGCCCUGACCUCACCUCUACACAGAGUGCACGGCAGUCUGAGGUCACUGCUCAAGCUAACAGUAGAUAUGCUGCAAUGCCCAAAGAAGUGCAGUCAUCCCAUCCUGUUGCGCUGUACAUCGUGCUGCCAAUAAUGGUGAUGUGUCUGUUGUUCUUCGGAGCGGGCUUGCUGUGGCGACACUGGCGUCUGAAGAACACCAACACCAUCCACUUUGACAAUCCGGUGUACCAGAAAACCACCGAAGAUGAGCUGCACAUCUGCAGGACUGGUUCUGAUGGCUACGUUUAUCCUCAGAGGCAGAUGGUGAGCAUGGAGGACAUGGACAUUGCAUAACACGGAUAUGGAGGUGUUUAAAUGAAAGAUAUUUUUCUGAUGUAAAGGUGAAGCAACAAUAGCCAUUGUACUGCUGCUUACAUGCGCCUCCCCUUCCCAUUGACCUCAUUUGGUGGUCUGUGUGAUCUCUGACCUCAGCACUGUGCCGUCCAAGUCUCCCUCAGAAAAGAAAUGACAAAAUCUAGAUGACUUAGAUUAAAAAAGAAAACAUAUCCUUUAAGUUAUGGUUUAUCAAGACUGAAUAAAAGAAAACUGAAGGAGGCCACAAAGUGACUUUAAAAUGAAGGACUCAUGCAUGCAUCCAUCCAUCCAUCCAUUAUCCAAACCGCUGAUCCUGCUCUCAGGGUGGCGGAGAUGCAUGUUGAAAUGAUUUUUUUUUUUCACAUCAGAGCCAUGACUCUGAUUUCUUUACUUAUUUGAUGCAUUAUUGAAGUGCUUACCUGAAACCAGCACAAUAGGUUUUUAUUGUACAUAUUUAAUUGUGUGUUUGUUUUUUUUCUUCUUUUGGUGUUGAUUUAUUUGAUAUUUUUAUGGCACUGUUUUUACUGGGUUAGAUCCCGAGCUCAUCCUCAUCUGUUCUCUUGAGCCGAAAUGUUAUACACCGCCUUUUGGAAUUGUGACGCGGCAUGUCGCACAGAUUCAACUCGAGGCAAGAGCUUUGUUUAUAGAAAUGCUAAAGUCAUUCAUUAUAGGUAGCGAAAUUUUUAUGGUACAGCAGUACACAGCAAACACUAAGACCUCUAGAUAGCUUUAUCGUUUUACAAAAACGUUUUUUUACAAGGGCGCACAUGCUCAAUCACUUGGCCACCAAACAUCUCCACAAGAACACCGCAGCGUACCCUGGCCAAAGUCGGCACUAUAAUAUGAAGACACUGACAAUGGAUUAUGAAAAAGAUUCCAAUAAUAGCUGAAAUGCUUACUUUACUUUGCAGUGCAAGAACAUGAUUGGUCCACGAUGUUAUUUUGGGUGUUUCUAAAUUAAUUGAUGGGGUUUCUCAUACUUUGAUUGCGACCGGUAAGCCUUAGCCUCAAUUACAGUUGCACCCGGCGGCCCGGAGUCCACGCAAGUCAGUGUUAAUUUUAAUACUCUGAAUGUAUCCCUCCACCGCAUACUGUAUCCCCCUCUGCCUUGCACAGGAUGAUAUGAAGGAUGAAUUACUCCAAAAUACGUCAUUUAUUUUCUCUGGGAAUGCGUUGAUUUCUUCCUUUGUGUUUUGGUGUUUUCCAGCUACUUCCUGGAUGGGUCUGAAAAGCUUUAUGGGCAUAGCAACAGUAACUAAGGGGGGUGGGACUUUGCAAAAGGUCAAUUGGCUUAGCAUGUGGAUGAUUCACAAAGACAUAACAGGCUGGAUUCUGCUAGUUUGGACUACCUUUCAAACCAAUCUCUAGUAGUGGUGCACACCUUGGUGCACUAAUUUAGUACUUGCCUUAGAAAACAUAAUUACCUUGUUGCCUGCAAUUCUGUUAAAGGUCAGAAUUGCGUUUGUUGCCCCCCCCGGUCUUGAAGUCCAUUCGUUAUCCAAGCCGCUUAUCCUACUUAGGGUCAUGGGGAUGCUGGAGCCUAUCCCAGCAGUCAUUGGGCGGCAGGCGGGGAGACACCCUGGCCAGGCCGCCAGUCCAUCACAGGGUCUUGAAGUCUGGCAUUGUUUAUCAUGUGCUAUAGGUUUUUUGAAAAACUAAUUGUUACACCGAUUUGUUAACCUUGUAGUUUUUCUUUUAUGUGUAUAUCUAGAAAGUUAAUGGUUCAGAGAUGGCUUACAUUGCAGGUGGAGACAGCUGAAUGUUCUGAUGUCCGUCAAAUUGAAGAAAACACCUUUUUUUUUCUUUCACUUGUUGAAAAGCAUUGUGGGGGACUGCUUUUACUGUAAAUAAUUUCUGUAAAUUUUCUGUAAAAACUGCUCACUGUGAUGUUCCUUUUUAGGUUUGUACAUUCUACAACUAGAAAUAUUGUAAAUAGUCCAGAUUCAUUAUUUAUUUAUAUGAAUAUGUGAUUUGUGUCAUCUGGCUGUUGAUAUGUUGUCUGGCUGUACAGAUGUGAACACGUCAGCAGUUUACAGGGUGAACUGUUAAUCCAGGCAAGUCACUGUAACCUAAAGAUAAGUUAUACAAGUGAUGUACAAUCAAAUGUUGGGAACCAUGAUCUGUUCUGUGUGUAUGACGUCCUUAGACAGCUUCACGGGUCAUCGCCACUGGGUAGCUCUUGCCAUUUCCAACAGUAGGCUAGACGUUACACACUGAAAAGCUAUGCUAAUGUAACUUUCUUUGCUGCUCAGUUUUUUCUUUCACAUUGUUAUAAAAUGUGAUACAUUUUGUUUCAAAACUUUCUCCUUCCACUGUGAAGUUAUUGUCAAGGCACAAUGUGUUAAAUUUUAUGUGCGAGUCUGAAGGAUCGAGAGAACAACAGUCUGUUACUUUGCUUUGCUUUAGUCGCAGCCUAAAUUUUGUUUCCUGUUUGUUCUUUUGCCGUGUUUUGUUAAGUAAAAGAAAAAUA